AUGAAGUUGGAGGACUUUCUCAUGCAGAGGCAGGAGGAGCACCGGAGGAGAUGCGAACUAGAGGAGGAGGUGAGGCCGGGGAAGCCGCCGGAGAUCUUCCGAGCAUGAACAUGCACGGGUUCUGUGAAAAAAUUGCGGAGUUCUGAAGUUUGUGAUCAUCUGCAGGUGGCUGAGUUGCACGGGGUUCUGGAGAAAGAACAGAAGCUAAAUGGAGUUCUUCAAUGCGCCCUCCACGGCCCCCUUGUCUCUCGUUCGAGCGUUUCUUCUAUGCUUCCACUUCAGGUACCUCCGGCCUCUGUAGUACGCUGUAGAGAAUGCUGAAAUAAAUAUGGUGGGAGCCAUGGAAUUGUAGUGUAGAGUUAUGCAACUGGGCUUCUGGCGCAGGUUCAGGUGCUUCUCGCAGAAUUGGCGAUGGUGGAGGAAGAGAUAGCCUAUCUGGAGGGAAAAGUGAAGGAGCUGAGGCUGUGCUUAUACGAGGAGGGGAGACAGACUGAGGAACUGAAGCUGCACCACCAGGAGAGAUGGCUCCGGCGCCGGAGGGGUCGAUUCUUCCCCAGAUUCAGUCGGACAAAGGAGAUCGAAGAGGCCCUGUAUCAACCUCCAAUACUUGACAGGAACGCAAGAAGACGGCGCCGCCUGAUCAGAGGAAGACAGAUGCCUCUAGGAUCGAUCUCAGAAGCGACUGGCAGCGGUAAGAUCCCUCCGUUUCCUCCACUAAAUUACUCACUACCAUUUCGUUGACUGUUUUCUUUUUGUGCCCUCCCACGCAAUCAACCAGAUUCCGACACAGAGAGCUCCAAACAAUUCUCUGGGCGAAGUCAAACCAUGGUCAACUCUGACGAGGAAACCUGUGAGAAGACAUCGAAUGAGCUCUCGGAGGAGCUGAUCCGGUGCCUGAUCAGUAUCUUCCACAAGCUGAACCAGACAUCUGGCCGAGCCUGCCUUGACCCAGCAGUCAUUCUUCCUAAGUUUACUCUCUCUUGCAUGAGCUCAAAGGGCCCCACGUCAAAGUCAAGCUUCAGCUGUAAGAUACCCGCGUACUCCUCAGAUGACACUCUGCCAACGCUUGAUCCUCACGGCUUGCUGCCUGAUAUUGACGGAACAGUGGGAGAGAGAGGACCCUAUAAGAAUCUCAUCAGUGUUACGAAGAGCUCAUUGGACAUGAGCCGCAUAAAUCUCUGCUUUCUGAGCAUUGGCAGGCUGAGGUGAGCCGAUAGUCCGCAAAAUCCUGCAUCUGGGGCUAAAUUUUUUCUUCCGCCCUUUAUAAGAUUCAUCAGAACUUAAUUUCAUGACCAAAAAAUCUUUUUUUUUUUUUCAGGAAAUUAAUUCACCAGCUUAGAACAGUGGACCUUACAUUCUUGAAUUACAAGCAGAAGCUUGCGUUCUGGAUUAAUAUCUACAACGCCUGCAUAAUGAAUGUAAUAAUGAUGAUUUAUCUUGCACUGGUAGUAGAUACAGAAAGUAUCGAGCCUGUAGCUUACAUCAGUUAGCUGUUGGUCAUUCCAGGCAUUUCUUCAGCAUGAGCUACCGUCCUCUUCCGACAAAGUGCUCGAAUUACUCAAUAAGGUAACUAACUCACCGGGGACUGACUCCAACAUAAUUGUAGAAAAACCCUAGACACACGUUAAUUAAUGGUCAAUAACUACGAGUUUUCUUCCUCUUUGUCGAUCAUUUUCUGGUCCCUGAGCCGCCCAUUACAUCUGAAUGAUUCAUUUUUCAGCAUAAUGUGCCAAAAUAAUUUCUUUUGCUGUGGUGACAGAUUUCUCAUUAUAUUAUUUAUAUAAAAUAAUAGUGUCUGAUCAAAGCAUUUCAUUCAGUGGGAUAAAUAACUUCUGUUACUCCAUAUAUAUUGUCGACCAACCCAUGGUCUUAUUUAUUUAUUUAUUUAUUUAUUCAAUGAAACAGGCCGCUCUGAAUGUUGGCGGCGUUGUGCUCAAUGCCCUCGCAAUUGAGCAUUUCAUUCUUCGGCACCCAUCCCGCUCAAAACUUGUGAGUUCAGAAGCCCACCCACGAAUUAUUUUAUUUUGGUUCUGAAUUCUAACCCGCUUUCUAUAUAGGGAGUUGCAGACGGCAAAGAACGACUUCUGCAGCAUUCUUACGGCCUCAGCUACCCAGAACCAAACAUCACGUUCGCACUGUGUAGAGGCACUUGGUCUUCACCUGCUGUGAGUCCAUAUCCAGCCAUUGCAAAAAUCGUCUCACAUAAAAAUAAAAAUAAAAUUAUUGCAUUAAUAAAAUAAUUUUCUUUUCACUCUCCUCAUUGCCAAUUGGUCCUGGGUUGAAUAGCGUCAUUCCACAUGUUUAGGAGCCUACAUUUAACUGCGUUUAAUUUUCUAUUAGUAUAUACAGGAAGAUUCAUGCAUGAUACCGAAAAUGAUAUUUAACUAUCUACACGAUGCUUCUUAUCGCCUAAAUUCUCUCAGCAUUCCUUAGAAUUCACGCCAAAUAUACCGUAUUUAAUUAUUCUAUCGAUUAAUAUCGGAUUAUUCAUACAUAAUACUGAAUAAUAAUUAAUUAUAGGACAGGGUUACUUUUCUAUCCAGCUAAUGGUGGUUUGUCAGUUUCCUUGGAAUUCAAUCCAAAGAUACCAUAGUUUCUGUUUCUGUUUCUGUUUCUGUCGAUUGAUGGGGGAUUAUUCAUACAAAUAUUAAUGCUAUAUUUUUUAAUGGUUAGGUAUAUUCAAAUGUGUGUUAAGUGUUCUUUCAAUUGGUACGGGAUUAUUCAUACAGGAUAUGAAAAUAAUUUGUAAUCAUGGAAUGCAGUGCUUCUAAUCAUCUAAUGGGUCUCUGUAUUUCAUUAGAAUUCGGUUCAAACUUAGCAAAUUUUACUCUUUGAUGGUUAAAAUACAUUAAACCACGAGCUGAUAUAUCUAUCCAUUGAUACAUGAUUGCUCAUACAUAAUACUUUUAAUAAUAUUACAUUAUAGAACACGAUGCUUCAAAUCGUCGAAUCGCUCUCAUUAUUUCCUUAGCAUUCAGUCCAAAUAUAGCAAGGUUCAGGUCUGAUUCUCUCUCUUUCUCUCUCUGUCUCUGUCUCUGUCUGCUGUGUUCGAUGCUCGUGCUUGAUGAUUCCAGCUGAGGGUCUAUACUGCAGACAAUGUGGUGGAUGAACUGGAGAGAGCAAAGACAGAGUACUUGGAGGCUUCUGUGCAUAUUACGAGCAAGAGAAGAAUCCUCCUGCCGAAGCUUCUGUACUGGCAUAUGAAGGAUUUCGCAGAUGACGUUGACUCGCUGGUGGAAUGGGUCUACAGUCAACUGCCCAGGUCAGGACCGCUGAAGAAGUCAAUGAUGGAGUGCCUGAAAGGCGACAGGAAGCAGGGAGUAGGAAAGCUGGUGGAAAUCCUGUCGUAUGAGCCCGAGUUCCGAUACCUCCUACCCUUUCUGGAUUUCCCCGGGUUCAAUCUCUGUUCAUAG